AUGUUUCUGUUCAGGAGUGUGAUUAUGGACAGUUUGCAUUGGAGGAAGUUACUUCAUCUGUUGAUAUUGUUCGUCUUCUUGAGAUCUAACAUUGUCAACGGGCUGAAGUGUUACUGCAACAGUGACAGUCCUAGUUGCCCCAACUCAACUUGUGAAACAGACGGGUAUUGCUAUGCAUCAACUGCACUAGACAAUGGAGAAAUGAAACACACUUACCACUGUAUCGAGCUGAAAGCACUGAUACCCAUCGAGCACCCCUUCAGUUGCUCCACGACGAGAACUAGAAAUGAGUCGGUGGUGAUACAAUGUUGUAACUCUCGUGACAUGUGCAAUCGAGACCUGCGCUUGGAGUUGCACACGAAGCCGCCAGAUAAAGAGACGAGUUCAGAGACGGCGGCGGCAUGGCAGUUUUUGCCGUGGGUUAUGGGGUUGAUGCUGUUGAGCGCGUGCGCCGCUAUAAGUUUCUGGUGGGCCCAUCGCUAUCCCAAGACGAUAAAGCGCGAGUCGAGAUCUCUUUUCGCGCCCGAAGAUUCACUCUGCGAGACCCGACACCCCAUGAUGACGGCCACCAUACGAGAUAUGAUCGAGCUCACCACCUCCGGCUCGGGAUCAGGUCUACCACUACUGGUCCAGCGUUCGAUCGCUCGCCAGAUCCAGUUAGUGGACAUCAUCGGUAAGGGGCGUUUCGGUGAGGUGUGGCGGGGUCGGUGGCGCGGUGAGAAUGUCGCGGUCAAGAUAUUCUCGUCUCGCGAGGAGUGCUCCUGGUUCCGGGAGGCGGAGAUCUACCAGACCGUGAUGCUGCGGCACGAGAACAUACUUGGUUUCAUCGCUGCUGAUAAUAAAGACAACGGUACAUGGACGCAGUUGUGGCUGAUAACGGACUACCACGAGAACGGGUCUCUAUUCGAUUUUCUGACAGCGAAGACCAUAGAUGCGAACACUCUGAUCAAGAUGGCGCUCUCCAUUGCAACCGGCCUCGCCCACCUUCACAUGGACAUCGUGGGCACGAAGGGCAAGCCGGCUAUCGCUCACAGGGACCUCAAAUCGAAGAACAUCCUGGUGAAACUGAACCUGACCUGCGUUAUCGGAGACCUGGGACUUGCAGUGAGACACAACGUGGCCAGUGACUCUGUGGACGUGCCCUCAACCAACCGCGUCGGUACCAAGAGAUACAUGGCCCCAGAGGUGCUGGACGAGAGCAUGGACUCGCGCCAGUUCGACCCGUACAAGCGUUCGGACGUGUACUCCCUCGGGCUGGUGCUGUGGGAGAUGGCGCGCCGGUGCGGAACCGCCUGCGAUGACUACCAGCCGCCCUACUACGACUGCGUGCCGCCCGACCCCGCCCUCGACGACAUGCGCCGCGCCGUGUGCAUCGAGCGCCGCCGCCCCGUGCUGCCCAACCGCUGGCACUCCGACCCGGUGCUGUCAGCGAUAUCGAAGGUGAUGAAGGAGUGUUGGUACCAGAAUCCGGCAGCGAGACUGACAGCUUUACGUAUCAAGAAAACACUCGCCAACAUCGCGACCACCGAUAACUACAAGCUGUAG